AUGACGGUGUGGUGGAACGCCGCGGCGGCCGCGGCGGGGGGCGGUGGACGCCCGGGCUGGCUUCCGCCUUCGUCGAACGGCGGGGACGGCACGCGGAGAAGCGGCCGUCGACUCGGAUCGUUGCGCGGGAUCGACUCGGGCGCGCGCACUGGGCACUCGCGUUUGCCCUCUGGGGUGAACGCGAUCGGGCGAAACAUCGCCGCGACGCUGUCCCGCAACCCGGGGCACGCGAUCUCGGUGACCUCGGGCCUCGCGCUUGGCGCAUCGACGCUAUACUACGACCAGCGCCCGCCCCCGAGUCGACGGUACGACGGCAGAUCCUUAACCUCCGGGGAUCCCAACCGCGCGCUCACCGACGCGCUCCUCUGGGCCACGGCUGGCGGGUACGUGCUGCAGCUGCUAAGUGGUCACGCGUUCACCGCGGUUGGCGCCAAGGUGAACGCCAAGAUCGCGCAGGGCGAGGUGUGGAGGCUGCUCACCCCGCUGCUACUGCACGGUUCCGCCUUGCACCUCAUGGUGAACUGCAUGUCGCUCAACAACCUCGGGCCGGUGGUGGAAAGGCAGUUUGGCAGGGAGCAAUUCAUGGCGGUGUAUUUGGGGUCGGGGUUGCUGGGUAACUUCCUCUCGUACAAGCGGUGUCCCAACAACGCCGUCGGGGCGUCGUCUGCAAUCUUCGGCUUGGUGGGCGCACUCGGCAUCUACCUCAACAGGCACAGGGACCUGUUCGGGGAUUACGGCGACAAGGUGUUCCAGAACCUGCUCGGGUCCGUGGGCCUCAACGCCAUGUUCGGUCUGAUGAGCAAGCGGAUCGAUAACUGGGGGCACUUUGGCGGAUUCUUGGGUGGCGCUGUCGUGGCGUGGACGGUUGGACCCAACCUCGUGGUUGUGGGUGCUGGGGAGAGGGUGGACGAACGCAGGGAGGCUUCGAGGACGGUGGCGCGACGACGGGUGGUCAACAGGCCGCUGCUGCAGACGUACACGGGGGAGUUUAUGGAGGAGUUUCGGAAAUAAUUAGGGACGGCCAGACGAUAGUAGCCCUGUAGGCUGUUACGAAGGUACGAGGUACCUUCGGUA